AUGACUGAGCAUGCUAUUUGGUUUUUUGUUCUACAUUCAGUUACUACAUCUGCUGCUACAAUUUCUGCCAACAUAAAUUCCAUUAUGAUGCUUAACGGCUCCAACUUUAAGAAUUGGAAGGAGAGCGUCAUGAUUGUUCUAGACUGUAUGGAUAUGGAUUUUGCGCUACGGAUAGAACGACCUCCCGCCCUUACGGAUACAAGUACCUCUAAAAUGAAGAGGGACUUGGAGAGGUGGGAGCAUUCUAAUUGCUUGAGCCUAAUGAUCAUGAAACGCUCUAUUCAAGAAGCAUUCAGGGGUGCAAUGUCCGAUGAGGAUAAUGCUGAGGUAUUCUAUGAGGAACUACAUAGACGUUUUGCAAAAAACGAAAAGGCUGAUACAAGCAACCUUUUGGCUAGUCUUGUUUCAAUGAGGUAUAAAGGAAAAGGUCAUAUCAGGGAAUAUAUUAUAGAAAUGUCUAACAUCACUUCAAAUCUAAAGGCACUUAAGUUAGAGUUGUUUGAUGAUUUGCUCGUGCACUUAGCUUUGAUUUCCCUUCCUGCACAAUACAGUCAGUUCACUGUGAGUUACAACAGUCAGAAGGAUAAGUGGAAUAUGAAUGAGAUCAUUGCUCAUUGUGUGCAAGAAGAUGAAAGGAUUAAGUGA